GCUGGUACAGAGGAUCUGUUACUUUAAUCAGCUGCUUAAAUCCAACAUUUUCAACUGCUCUGACGGAAAAAAAGAGAAAGGGGAAAAAAUAUAUUUAAAGCUGUAACGACAGAGAAAGUUUCUGAUGAUUUUUCUCUUGCAGAAUAUCCUGAUCAGUUUGUGUUGUUGAUGGCAGCAGAGUCUUGCAGCUCUGCAGUCUUCAGUCAGAGAAUGAGAUUUUGCUGAGUAAAACUUUGGAUCUACUUUUUAAAAAUGGCCUCACAUCGACAGCGAAGAGAGAGCAUGGAGUUUAUAAUAGAUUUUUCUUUACCACAGAGCAGCUCAGAAACUAAAGAGCAGCCAUCUAAACCUCAGGCUCUGCCUGUACCAGAUCUUAUCCAGACUAUGAACAUCUCAUCUAGAUACAAGGUAAUCAUCUCCAACAGUGUUCUGAUCAGUUCAGGACCUCCUGCUGUCUACCAGCUGAGACCAAAGAAAGAGAAGUUUCCAACUGUGACAAGAAUGACUGUUGGUGAAAAAAAUCCAGACAAACCAAAUAAAACCAUCUUACUUGUGGGUAAAACAGGAGCAGGAAAAUCUACUCUGGUCAACGUUCUGUUUAACUACAGCAUGGGAGUGAAGUGGGAGGAUGAAGUCUGGUUUCAGAUCGUAGAGGAGGAGAGAAAUGAAAGGCAGUCACAAAGUCAGACAUCAGGUGCAAUUGUAUACGAGAUCUUUGGUUUUGAAGAUCAAACUCUGCCCUACUCUCUGACCAUCAUCGAUACUCCUGGAUUUGGAGACACCAGGGGAGCUGAACAUGAUGACAUCAUCAGUCAGCGAUUAUUGGAGUUGUUUGGAUCAGAGGAUGGAGUUCAUGAACUUAAUUCAGUGGGUCUGGUGAUGAAGGCGACAGAUAAUCAACUGAGUGAACAACUAACGUACGCCUUUGAUUCAGUGAUGUCUCUCUUUGAAAAAACACUGGAGAAAAACAUUGUAGCUCUCAUCACACACUCAGAUGGAAAAAGACCUAGAAACACUUUUAAAGCUCUUGAAUCUGCAAAAUUUAAAUGUGCCAAAAAUUAGAAGAAUCAGCCUGUUUACUUCUCGUUUAAUAACAGUCAGCACGAAGCUCGAGGAGACGAAGAAGAAGAAGAAGAAUACCUCAAACAUGAUUAUGAAAUCUCAGAGAAAGGAAUGAGAAAGUUCACAGUGUUCCUGAAAAAAACUACACCUCUAAAGACAACACAUGAAGCGUCAAAGGAAUUUAUCAGACUGACAGCCUGCAUCCAAAACCUGCAAGAAAGAAUCAAAUUCACUGAAGUAAAAGAAAGAGAGAUGAAACAGACUCAAGAAGCUCUGAAGGAACAUGAAGAAGAAAUGGAGAUGAAUGAUGAGUUAACUGCAUUUGAUGCUGAGGUUUAUAAACAUAAAGAACUUAUCAGAGUGAGUCGUCCUGGUUUUAAAGCAGCUGUCAGUUGUACAGUCUGUCAGGAGAACUGUCACUAUCCUGGAUGUAUUAUGGCUUUAACUCACUGUGAAGUUUUUAUAGAUGGUCGUUGUACUUCGUGUACUGGAAAGUGUCCUGUAACAGAUCAUGUAAAAGAAGAGUGGAGAUAUGUGACCAGGAUAAGAAAAGUUCAGAAAAAAGAAGCAAAAAUGACACAGAGUGAUAAGAAGGAUCAAACAGAAAUUGAGAAAACAUUGAGUCAUUUGGAAAAUCUGGAAAAGGAAAUGAAUCAGCUGACAGUGGAGAAGGCACAAUGGCUGGAUGAGUCCUACCAACAUAUUAUUGUUUUGGAGCAGAUCGCUCUGAAAGCUGAUUCAGCGUCCACUAUUGUCCACUUAGACUUCCUGAUUGAGAAGAUGAAGGAGAAAGCAGACAUAGAGAAGGUCCAGAAACUGGAGGAGAUGAGAAGCAGAGUGGAUGAAGGAACCAAAGAAGCACUGCUGUACAAGACUUGUGUCAUCUCAUCACAAUAUGAAGACAUCCUCUCAAACAGUUUCCUGAUGCAUUCAGGACCUCCUACUGUCUACCAGCUGAGAACAAAAAAACAGAAGUUUGGAUCUUUGACAAAAAUGACUGUUGGUGAAAAAAAUCAAUACAAGAUAAAUAAAACCAUCUUACUUGUGGGUGAAACAGGAGCAGGAAAAUCCACUCUGAUCAACGCUCUGCUCAACUACAGCAUGGGAGUGAAGUGGGAGGAUGAAGUCUGGUUUCAGAUCGUAGAGGAGGAGAAGAGAAGUCAAACAGACAGUCAGACAUCAGAUGUGAUCGUGUAUGAGGUCUUUGGUUUUGAAGAUAAAACUCUGCCCUACUCUCUGACCAUCAUCGAUACUCCGGGAUAUGGAGACACCAGUGGUACUGAACAUGAUGACAUUAUCAGUCAGAGAUUGUUGGACUUGUUUCGAUCAGAGGAUGGAGUUCAUGAACUUAAUUCAGUGGGUCUGGUGAUGAAGGCAACAGAUAAUAGACUCAGUGAUCGACUUAGGUACAUCUUCAGUUCGGUGAUGUCUCUGUUUGGAAAAAAUCUGGAGAAAAACAUUGUAGCUCUCUUCACACACUCAGAUGGAGGAACACCUGAAAAUGCUCUUCAGACUCUCAAAGUGGCAAACAUUAAAUGUUCCAGAAAUGAGAAAAAUGAACCUGUUUACUUCCUGUUUAAUAACUGCCAGGAUAAACAGCGAACGGAGGAAAUUAAGGCUUUGAAACAUUCAUGGGAAUUUACACAGAAAGAAAUUGGUCGUUUGGCUGACUUUUUAGGAAAAUCAAGCCCUCAGAAACUGAUGAGAACAGUUGAAGUUCUGAACGAACGCAUCAGACUAAACGCCUGCAUCCAAAACCUGCACGAGAGAAUUGCGUUUAUUGAGGAAAGAAAGAACGAAAUCAAGCAAACUCAAGAUGCUCUAAAGGAACAUGAAGAUGACAUGAAGAAAAAUGAGAAGUUUAGUAUAGAACUCCCUGAGGUCUACAAAUUUAAAAAACGAAUCAAGACUGAGUGGCAUUUUUUGUUUGGUGGUUAUGUAGGAGCUGUGUGCUGUAAUAUCUGUGAGGAGACCUGUCACUAUCCUGGAUGCACAAUGGCUUGGAGACCUGAAUACUGUGAGGUCAUGAAAGGAGGCCUCUGUACUUCAUGUACCAGGAAGUGUCCUGCAUCAGAUCAUGUGAAAGAAAAGUGGAGAUAUGUGACCCAAACUAGGAGAGUUCAGAGGACCAAAGAAGAAAUGAAAAAAAAGUAUGAAAAGAAUAAAACAGAAAGUGAGAAAAAGUUGACUCUUCUGGAAAAUCUGGAAAAGGAAAUGAAUCAGUUGACAGCAGAGAAGUCACAAUGGUUAGAUGAAUCCUACCAACAUGUUGUCAAACUGGAGCAGAUCGCUCUGAAAGCUGAUUCAGCGUCCACUAUUGUCCACUUGGGCUUCCUGAUUGAGAAGAUGAAGGAAGAAGGAGACACAGAGAAGGUCCAGAAACUGGAGGAGAUGAGAAGCAGAGUGGAUGAAGGAACCAGAGCAGCUCUGCGGUACAAGAUUGUUCAAAUACCAUCAGCUCUGAGAUACAAGUUUGUAAAAGCUGGAAAAACCUUGUGUAUGGUAAAGAAAUAAAUAAUGAUCUCCUGAUACCACUUCAACCCAUUUCAGAUUGUAUACUUCACACAGUAUUUUAUUUAUUUUUCAGAUAUUAUGUUACUGCCUGACUUAGAGGAAAAAUUCAGUUAGUGAUAACAGAGUGCAGCUUUUUGCUGCCUUUAAAGUUGGAAUUAUUAAAGAGUAAAAUUAAAAGUGGCAUGAUAAACUGAACUUUAGUUCAGGGGCUGGAGCCUUUCCCAGUUACCAUGAAUAGCCAUUGCGUAAGAGGCAGGGUAUAACCUGGAUAGGUCACCAGCCUGUUGCACGGCUAAAACAGAGAGACAGACAAAGAUUCACACGUAUGGGCAAAUUAGAACUACAAAUUAACCUAACCCCACUCACUGCAUAUAUUUGGGCUGUGGAAGGAAGCCAGAGUACACAGAGAGAACCCAAGCAGUGUGACAAAGUGGAGGAGCAGUUGUAAAGCUCUCCAUUUGUCCCAUAUGUGUUUACUUUAUUUUGCACAUUGUACACAUUAUUCUGUUUCUAUGUAUUUGCUAUGAUUUGCUAUUUGUCAAGUAACAUUGCUUCACUCACUAUCCCGGGUUUGUUUGUGUAAGCGUUCUGUUGCCGGCAAAUCAAACAUUCUGCAAAUUAAGACAAAUACUAAGUUAUGUUUCUUUAUAUUUUAUUAUGUUACAGAUUAAGUCAUUUGUUCAUACUUACUUUGUUUGUCUUUUCAGUUUUCAUGAGGGUCAGGUGUGGGGAAACACCCGCCUGGCAUUUCCUCAUUUUAAAAUCCUGAUGAUGUCACACAUGACAUCAGCGGGUCAAACUAA